AUGACUUUCCUCCACGCGCUCUGUGCAGCUUUUCUAUUAUCCUGUGCCAAGCUCUACUGGAUCAUGGAGAACGAGUACCUCAACUACUUUGCAAAUUUAUUAGCCCCAGUGCGUGACCGACACUUUCGGACUGUGGGCGCUGCACUGGGAGUUCUGGGGGCAGCUCACGGGUUGCUGCUCCUCAGUCAUAUCGGCGCAUCUAUUAGUGCUCGACAGCUGACAGCUUAUGCUCGGGUUUUUGCGGCUCGAAAACUUGUGGAGAUUGCCACUCAGGUCCCAAACGCCUAUCUGUACAGCACGCUCAUUGCACGCCCAUGGAUAAAUCACUCCAAGGUGGCGCUCGUUGUUGCAAACUGCUGGUCGGCUUUCUUGAUCCACCAAAUACUGCUCCGAUCUGGGUCUGCACGAAUGUCGGUAAGGGUUGUAGCGAUCGUUAUCGACUCGUUGAUCUCUGUUGCGACAGCCAUCGUCCUCCCAAGCGCCAUCUUCUUACCCUACGCCAUGCAGUUCGACUACAAGAACCUGAGCUUCCCAAUGUCGCUGCUCUACGGUGACACGGAGUUUCUGAACCUCGUACUGGAGAACCGUGCCUUCUUCUUCAUGUCGUGGACAAACGCGCUAAUCACAGCCGUUCCCCAUGCCAGCGCCUUCCUCGUCGCGACUGCAACAUUUGAUGUAUUAUCACGGGCUACCACAAGAAUGCAAACUUCUACUCGACUGCACCGAAUUGUCAUCCCGACGAUCUUCGUCACUACAGGAGCAGUGGUUCUCGUGCUGCAUCUCGAAGCGCAGUACGGUGUUGUGAAUGGCGAUAUCGAGGUCAUCAAGAGCAUGUGUCUGCAGCAAAUGCACCCGUGGCUCGCUUCAAACUUCAGCUGCGCCAUUGUCAAGUACAAUUGCUAUCGCGCGAUGGUGCAGACCCCUCCCCUCGACAGCCUUUACUGGUUAGAACGUGAGAUGCUGCGGAGGAUCACGUUCAUGCACUGCCCAGCACUUGUCGUACCUCCGAUCAUCCGCGAAUUUCCAUCGCUCAUGGGCAUUGAGAUCUGGAACGCAACGCUUGAAAGGUGGGGAGAAGAAGCCGCCCUGUCGGCCCAACUACACGAGAAUAUGCUCUUCGUUAUGUUUGUGUUCGUGAAUAUGACCGGGAUCCCCGAUGGAAUUCUGCAGUCCCCUCUCCCUAAACAGUUGAGAGACCUGGAGUUUGUUCACACGAACCUGACGACAAUUACCGAAGACGUCAUCGAGCCAUGGAGUGGAGUCAGCAUCAUUUACAUUGAGCACUCGCAACUAAACGAAUUUCCCACCAUGUUCAAGCACCUCCCUGAACUGAGCGAGCUUUCACUGAUCAACAAUAAGAUCACGGCGAUGCCAAUUGACUUCCUACUCACUGCGAUCCCAACAUAUUACUACUCGUUGUCGUUCUCUCGGAAUCCCUUGCGAGAGCUACCGGAGGCUCAUAAUGGCGACUUGUACAUCUCCUACCUGACUUUGGAGUUCACGCAACUGAGAGAAUUGCCAGAUGAUCCUAAAUUUCCUCGGACUGCACUAUGCGGGAAGAAUGAGCAGGAUUGGGACCCCCUUGGCGACGAUCGCUACCCAAUGCACCUCAUCCAGCCAUUUCGAUCGCUGGCGGCAUAG